CCACCCGCUGUUGGAGGGCAGAGGGGAUAUCUGGGAGUUCCGUCUGCAAGUCAUCUUCCAACAUCUCACAAUGAAUGAGACCGCAGUUUCAUUCGCAAAGGAUUUCUUGGCUGGUGGAAUCUCCGCUGCCAUCUCCGAAACGGCGGUUGCUCCCAUCGAGAGAGUCAAGCUUCUCCUUCAGGUCCAACAUGCCAGCAAGCGGAUCACAAAAGAAAUGCAGUACAAGGGUAUCGUCGAUUGCAUUACCCGCAUUCCCAAGGAAGAGGGCUUCCUUGCCUUCUGGAGAGGUAACCUGGCCAAUGUCAUCCGAGCCUUUCCCUCCCAGGCCCUCAACUUCGCCUUCAAAGACAAGUACAAGAGUUUCUUCCUUGACGGUGUAGACAAGCGCAAGCGGUUCUGGAGGUACUUCGCUGGCAACCUGGCCUCUGGUGGCGCUGCAGGAGCCACCUCCCUUUGCUUCGUCUACCCUCUUGAUUUCACCAGAACCCGUCUGGGAGCUGAUGUCGGAAAGGCCAGAAUGAGGGAGUACAAUGGUCUAGCAGACUGCUUGGUGAAGACGUUCAGGUGUGACGGUCUGAGGGGUCUGUACCAGGGCUUCGCAGUGUCUGUACAAGGCAUCAUCAUCUACAGAGGUUCCUACUUCGGCAUGUAUGACACAGCUAAAGGAAUGUUGCCAGACCCCAAGAACACUUCCAUCUUAGUGAGCUGGGCAAUCGCUCAGUCUGUAACUACUGUGGCCGGCCUGACCGCCUACCCCUUCGACACCGUCCGUCGUCGUAUGAUGAUGCAGUCUGGCCAUAAAAGCGCUGAUAUCAUGUAUCUUGGGACCAUUGACUGCUGGAUGAAGAUUGCUCGUGAUGAGGGUGGAAAGGCCUUCUUCAAGGGAGGCUGGGCCAAUGUUCUCCGAGGCAUGGGUAGUGCCUUUGUGCUGGUUUUUUACGAUGAGCUCAAGAAAGUCCUCUAAAUU